AAACCAUUUCCCGGCCCAUCAUUCCGCUUCCCAAACGGACAAGGAACUGAAAAGUUCUUCAACGGCCGAGACGCAGCCAAACGAUGGAAGGCUCGUUACGGAUCCAUCUACAGUAUCUGGUCAGGGCAUAAGCGAGAAGUUGUCAUCACCAAACCCGAACAUGUCCAAGCGUUUUACAAAGACUCCCACAACCAUAUAAAAGCAUCUGAUAACAAUGCUGGCUGGCUCUUUGCAGAGCUCUUGGGCUCUUGCGUUGGCGUCGUUAGCCAGAAGCGCUGGGUGAGAGUUCGAGCACCUUUCGAACACCAUUUUACUCGCCCUGCAGCUUCACAAAGAUCUUUGCUGUUCCUUGGCGAAGCAAGAGCUUUUCUACAGUUCCUAAGAAAGGACAAAGAGAGUGUCAUCAAUGUGACAGAUGAUCUCAAGUACUGCCCCUUCUUCCUAGUUGCCAGCAUCUUCUUCGGCCCUCUCACGACUGGUCAGCGCGAUGAAAUGUACACAAUCGGGCCCUUGAGAGAGGAGCUUUUUCGACAUGCUUUCAGUGGCGGCGUCAACAGAUACUCAUUUGCCAGAUAUCUACCUGGCUCUGCAUUGCCAAAGCUCCGCCAGUUCCAGCGCCUCUGGGAGAAUUUCGUCAAGAUGGCGUAUAACGAAGCUCAACCCAGCAGCGGAAGCGCCAUCGUGUCCCUCUGGGAAGCAGUAGAGCAUGGAGGCAUCUCCAAAGAAGAGCUUCUUCAAACCUUGGAUGAAUCUCUAUUUGCGAACCUCGAUGUCACCGCACACGCGCUGUCCUGGAGCGUCAUCAGGAUUUCUCAUCACAUAGCCAUUCAAACCGAGAUUCGACAAGAAAUACGGGACAAUUACCGAUCGGAACAAGAAUAUGAAGAAUACCUCCGUCGGGACAAUACAUUGCUGGCGGCUUGUAUCUUGGAGGCAUCAAGGCUUCACCCCAUUUUGCCCUUUUCGAACCCGGAGGCUGCACCAGCCGAUAAAGUCGUUGCCGGCUGCAGGAUUCCCCGAAAUACCGAUGUUAUUAUUGAUGCCUACGCAAUCAAUGUUGACAAUCCUUACUGGGAGAAUGCCACCGAGUUUCGCCCUCGCAGACACCUCGGCCAAAAAGAUCAAGCACGACGGUACAACAUGUGGCGGUUCGGGUUUGGCCCGCGGCAGUGCUUGGGAAAGAAUGUGGCCGAUAUCAUUCUCCGCGUGAUAAUAGCUGAGAUGGUGCGUUGCUACCAGAUGGAUAUUCUGGGUGCAGAAGGGAUUGAUGGCGUUGGGCUUCAAGCGGAUAGCUGGAUUGGAUUGCCCGAUUGUAUGGCAAGGUUGACUCCGUUGCCAGUGGCACUUACAAGUAGGUAG